AGUCCAGCCGCCUCUGCUGCUGCUGGAGCCCCCUCUCGGCCCUCCUCCUCCUCCUCCUCCCUGGCGGGCCAGUCCAGCUGUGUUCCAUUAGUGUCCCUGGCAGGUCCCCAGCCCCCUGGAACCGCCCCUCUUCCCCCACCCAGUCCCCGGCAGGCGUGCAGGGCAGUCCCCGGCAGGCGUGCGCCGGGCCGCAGACAGCCGGGAGAGCUCCAGAGAGUGUCAGGAAGCUGGGGACCUGUGACUGUCAGGGAGAGAUGGAGAACCCCCAGCGGGCCUGAGGAACCCAGCCUCUGCUUCCUCCGGCUGCUGCCUGCACUGCUCAGCGAGGUGGGGGGAUCCCCGGCCACCGGUGCUGUGGCUGUAGCCGACCUCUUUGGACCAGGAUGUGGGUAUCCUGGGCUCCUGGCCUGUGGCUGCUCGGUCUUUGGGCUACCUUCAGCCAUGGGGCAAAUACAGGUGCACAUUGCCCACCUUCACAGCAGGAAGGACUCAAAUUGGAACACAGUAGUAGCCUGCCAGCCAAUGUGACUGGCUUCAACCUCAUCCGCCGACUCAGCCUCAUGAAGAUGUCUGCCAUCAAGAAGAUCCGCAACCCCAAGGGGCCUCUCAUCCUGCGCCUGGGGGCAGCCUCCGUGACCCAGCCUACGCGACGAGUAUUCCCUCGGGGCCUCCCGGAGGAGUUUGCCCUGGUGCUGACACUACUGCUGAAGAAACACACCCACCAGAAGACGUGGUAUCUGUUUCAAGUGACCGAUGCAGAUGGGUAUCCACAGAUUUCCCUGGAAGUCAACAACCAAGAGCGGAGCCUGGAGCUCAGGGCCCAGGGCCAGGAUGGCGACUUUGUGUCCUGCAUCUUCCCAGUGCCCCAGCUCUUCGACCUGCGUUGGCACAAGCUGAUGCUGAGUGUGGCUGGACGUGUGGCCUCUGUGCAUGUGGACUGCAGCUCAGCCUCCUCCCAGCCUCUGGGGCCCCGGCGACCCCUGAGGCCUGUGGGCCAUGUAUUUCUAGGCUUGGACGCUGAGCAGGGCAAGCCUGUCUCGUUUGACCUUCAGCAGGUGCACAUCUACUGUGACCCGGAGCUCGUGCUGGAGGAGGGCUGCUGUGAGAUUUUACCAGCAGGGUGCCCCCCAGAGACCUCCAAGGCCCGCCGGGAUACCCAGAGCAAUGAGCUCAUUGAGAUCAAUCCACAGUCUGAAGGCAAGGUCUACACCCACUGCUUCUGCCUGGAGGAACCUCAAAACAGCCAGGUGGAUGCCCAGCUAACGGGAAGAAUCAACCAGAAGGCAGAAAGGGGAGCAAAGGUCCAUCGGGAGACAGCAGCCGAUGAGUGUCCACCCUGUGUCCAUGGUGCCCAGGACAGCAAUGUGACACUUGCUCCCUCUGGCCCCAAGGGAGGGAAAGGUGAGCGGGGCCUGCCUGGUCCACCAGGCUCCAAGGGAGAGAAGGGAGCACGGGGCAAUGACUGUGUUCGAAUCUCCCCGGAUGCCCCACUUCAGUGUGCAGAAGGUCCAAAGGGAGAGAAGGGGCAGUCAGGAGCUCUGGGACCCUCAGGACUCCCAGGCUCAACAGGCGAGAAGGGCCAGAAAGGCGAGAAGGGCGACGGAGGCCUCAAGGGUGUGCCGGGAAAGCCAGGCCGGGACGGCCGGCCAGGAGAGAUCUGUGUCAUUGGGCCCAAAGGGCAGAAGGGAGACCCUGGCUUUGUUGGGCCUGAGGGGCUGGCAGGAGAGCCCGGACCCCCUGGCCUCCCUGGACCCCCUGGGAUAGGACUGCCUGGGACCCCGGGGGAUCCAGGUGGCCCACCAGGCCCUAAGGGAGACAAGGGCAGCUCUGGGAUCCCAGGAAAGGAAGGCCCUGGUGGGAAACCUGGGAAACCAGGUGUGAAGGGAGAGAAGGGUGACCCCUGUGAAGUGUGUCCAACACUGCCUGAAGGGUUCCAGAGCUUUGUCGGACUCCCUGGAAAGCCAGGGCCCAAAGGGGAGCCUGGUGAUCCUGUAUCAGCCAGGGACCACCCGAAAACUGUCGGACAAAAAGGCGACAGGGGAGACCCUGGCAUCCAAGGCAUCAAAGGAGAGAAGGGGGAGUCCUGCUUGUCCUGCAGCUCGGUUGUAGGGGCCCAGCAUCUUGCAUCCUCCACAGGGGCCAGUGGAGAUGUGGGCUCCCCUGGCUUUGGUCUGCCUGGCCUUCCGGGGAAAGCUGGGUUGCCAGGGCUGAAAGGAGAGAAGGGUAACUUCGGGGAGGCAGGGCCAGCUGGCAGUCCAGGGCCACCAGGACCAGUGGGACCAGUAGGCAUCAAAGGGGCUAAGGGGGAGCCCUGUGAGCCGUGUCCAGCCCUGUCCAACCUUCAGGAUGGGGAUGUCCGUGUGGUGGCCUUGCCUGGCCCAUCCGGAGAGAAGGGGGAACCUGGGCCUCCAGGCUUUGGCUUGCCAGGAAAACAGGGCAAGGCUGGAGAGCGUGGACUGAAGGGGCAGAAGGGUGAUGCUGGGAAUCCCGGAGACCCUGGAACGCCGGGAACCACAGGGCGGCCAGGACUGUCAGGAGAGCCUGGAGUUCGGGGCCCUGCGGGGCCAAAAGGAGAAAAGGCUGUACCCAUCUUUGACCAGGGUGAUGGCUGCACUGCCUGCCCCAGCCUGCAGGGGACAGUGACAGAUGUGGCAGGACGGCCUGGGCAGCCCGGCCCCAAAGGAGAACCGGGUCCCGAAGGCAUGGGCCGACCUGGUAAACCCGGCCAACCCGGUCUACCAGGAGUACAAGGACCCCCAGGUCUGAAGGGCAUGCAGGGAGAGCCAGGGCCUCCAGGAAGGGAAGUCCAGGGACCCCAGGGGGAGCCUGGAGCCCCGGGUUUGCCUGGCAUUCAGGGACUUCCGGGACCUCGGGGACCACCUGGCCCCACUGGAGAGAAGGGUGCCCAGGGAUCUCCAGGGGUGAAAGGAGCCACCGGACCCAUGGGACCUCCUGGGGCCAGUGUCUCUGGGCCUCCGGGCCAUGAUGGGCAGCAAGGACAGACGGGACCCAGAGGGACACCAGGUGAAAAGGGACCACGAGGAGAGAAGGGUGAGCCAGGGGAGUGCUCCUGCCCCUCUCGAGGAGACCUCGUCUUCUCUGGCAUGCCGGGUGCUCCGGGACUUUGGAUGGGCAGCUCCUGGCAGCCGGGCCCGCAGGGUCCACCAGGUAUUCCUGGACCACCAGGCCCCCCUGGAGUGCCCGGGCUGCAGGGAGUGCCUGGAAACAACGGUUUGCCAGGACAGCCUGGGCUCACUGCGGAACUGGGAUCCUUACCAAUUGAACAGCACCUCCUUAAGAGUAUCUGCGGGGACUGUGUCCAGGGGCAGAGGGCCCACCCAGCAUACCUCGUGGAGAAGGGAGAGAAGGGAGACCAGGGCAUCCCUGGUGUGCCAGGCCUCGACAACUGCGCCCAGUGCUUUUUGUCGCUGGAGCGCCCAAGAGCCGAGGAGGCCCGGGGCGACAACAACGAGGGAGAUCCCGGAUGCAUUGGGAGCCCAGGCCUGCCUGGUCCUCCGGGAUUGCCAGGCCAGAGAGGAGAAGAGGGUCCGCCUGGCAUGAGGGGCUCCCCGGGUCCUCCAGGCCCUAUUGGCCCCCCAGGUUUUCCUGGUGCUGUUGGCUCCCCCGGAUUGCCUGGCCUUCAAGGAGAGCGAGGCCUCACAGGCCUGACUGGAGACAAGGGGGAGCCGGGUCCUCCAGGGCAACCAGGUUACCCAGGUGCCAUGGGCCCCCCAGGACUGCCUGGCAUCAAGGGGGAACGUGGCUACACCGGGUCAGCGGGAGAGAAAGGAGAGCCGGGCCCCCCAGGAUCUGAAGGCCUCCCGGGCCCCCCAGGCCCAGCGGGUCCCAGAGGAGAGCGAGGACCCCAAGGGAACUCGGGUGAGAAGGGCGACCAGGGAUUUCAAGGCCAGCCAGGCUUUCCGGGCCCACCGGGUCCCCCUGGAUUCCCAGGCAAAGUUGGAGCACCUGGCCCACCUGGCCCUCAAGCAGAGAAGGGCAGCGAAGGGAUUCGAGGCCCAUCAGGCAUGCCUGGUUCCCCUGGGCCACCGGGACCUCCUGGGAUUCAGGGCCCCGCCGGUCUGGAUGGUCUGGAUGGGAAGGACGGCAAGCCUGGCUUGAGGGGGGACCCUGGUCCUGCUGGCCCCCCUGGACUCAUGGGACCACCGGGCUUCAAGGGGAAAACAGGACAUCCUGGCCUCCCAGGACCUAAGGGUGACUGUGGCAAACCAGGUCCCCCUGGCAGCACUGGCCGGCCUGGCGCAGAGGGUGAACCUGGUGCCAUGGGACCCCAGGGAAGACCUGGUCCCCCCGGCCACGUUGGGCCACCAGGGCCUCCAGGCCAGCCAGGACCCGCUGGGAUCUCUGCAGUGGGUCUAAAAGGAGACCGAGGAGCCACCGGAGAAAGGGGCCUUGCAGGCCUCCCAGGCCAGCCCGGCCCCCCUGGACACCCUGGCCCCCCGGGUGAACCUGGUACGGAUGGUGCAGCUGGCAAAGAGGGACCCCCUGGAAAGCAGGGACUCUAUGGACCUCCUGGUCCCAAGGGUGAUCCGGGAGCCGCAGGACAGAAGGGCCAGGCAGGAGAGAAGGGGAGAGCCGGCAUGCCUGGUGGGCCUGGCAAGAGUGGUUCCAUGGGGCCUGUUGGGCCACCAGGCCCUGCAGGAGAGAGAGGCCACCCUGGAGCUCCAGGGCCUUCAGGGAGCCCUGGCUUGCCUGGUGUGCCUGGCUCCAUGGGAGACAUGGUGAAUUAUGAUGAAAUCAAGAGGUUCAUCAGACAAGAGAUCAUUAAAAUGUUUGAUGAGAGAAUGGCUUACUACACCUCCAGGAUGCAGUUCCCCAUGGAGAUGGCAGCGGCUCCGGGACGACCAGGGCCCCCAGGGAAGGAUGGUGCUCCCGGCAGGCCAGGCGCUCCAGGGUCACCUGGGCUCCCUGGUCAGAUUGGCAGAGAAGGACGGCAGGGCUUGCCAGGAAUGAGAGGACUGCCUGGUACCAAAGGUGAAAAGGGGGACAUUGGUGUUGGCAUUGCAGGAGAAAACGGUCUUCCCGGCCCCCCAGGUCCUCAAGGUCCUCCAGGCUAUGGCAAGAUGGGCGCAACAGGACCAAUGGGCCAGCAAGGCAUCCCUGGCAUCCCUGGGCCCCCGGGUCCCAUGGGCCAGCCAGGCAAGGCUGGCCACUGUAGCCCCUCUGACUGCUUUGGGGCCAUGCCGAUGGAGCAGCAGUACCCACCCAUGAAAACCAUGAAGGGGCCUUUUGGCUGAAAUCGCCACCUGCCUUUGGAUGAAGGACUCCGUUGGGAAUAAACGGCCAAAGCUUAUAGGACUCUGUGACAGGUUGUGAAUGUUUUUGUUGUUGGUGUUAUUUUUAAUUGCUGUUAAUAUUUUUUAAAUAAUAAAGAAACAAAACUA